GUUUUCCCCGUUUCUUUGUCAGCAAUGUUUUUACUGGAGAUUAUGUGUGUGUGUGUGUGUGUGUGUGUGUGUGUGUGUGUGUGUGUGUAAAAUCAAGAAGAGGCUUGGAUUCAUGUCCUUGGGUGGUUGAUGGUGUGGUUGUUGUAUGGUUGGUGUGCCUCUUCAGAAAUGGAGGUGGCAAUGCAUGCAUCAUGCUCCCUGGCUGCAUGGUCAUCAUCAUCAUCUACGAUUACCACUCGAGCUUCUGUGGCAGCCUGCAGAUGCCAAGUUAGGAUGCCAAGAACAUGCCGGCUAGCAGCUGGGGAAGCCAAGGUCAUUCCCAAUGAGGUAAGUGGUGUUCGCUUAGUAGGUCUUGGGGCCUCUGCUGAUAGUGCGGCCGUGGGGGUAGCAUUUGUUGGCCGAGGGGCAUCGGAAGGAGACGAGGCAAGCCAUCUCCGCUUGGAGAGCAAGGAGAAGUUCAACUGGAGCAGACGAAUUGACGGCCGACAAAGAUCGAGGAAUUCACUCGGCAGAAUAACGAGGACGAGAGCAUGCUUCUUGUCAGGGGAGUCUGCAGUUGGGCAGUGGAGGUGGCGACAAUGUGAUACACCCAUCUCACCUUCGACGUGCUGUGGCUGUGGCAGCGGCGCUGGCAACGUGGGUGUACAUAUUUCUGGGAGACCUUUGAGGAGGACGAGGAGGAAAACGGCAUCCCCUGCUAUUGGUUGUAGAAGAUUCUAUCAUGCAAGGGCAGAAAGUGUUGAACCCGGAAGUGCACAAGUGGGGCUAGCGUUUGGCUCGGGUGGUGGUUGGUUUGCUAAUAAGUGUAAUGGUACUGUUGGGUUUGUCCAUGGUAGAAAAGCUAUUAGGUCGAGGAAACCAUGCCAGGAUCAGGAUUGCCGUCAUGUGUGUAUGGUCUCACAGGACCACCGCGAAUCAAACUCAAGGUCCACGCUACCUAUUGCUUACCCCGCCUUCGACUACUUUGAGGAGAGAGAGAUUUCGAAAGAUCCUCUUGUUGUUUGCAUUGGUGAACUCAUUUCCGAGUUCCUGCCUACGGUUCGAAAGAGUCCUUACAUUGUGCCGGAGCGAUACCAAUCCUGGAGCCGGCAUCAGCUUCAGCCACCCUAUUUCGCCAAAGCACCUGGCAGUCCCCCUGGCACUGUAGCAGUUGGUGUAGGCCGCUUGGGAGGUAACGCUGCGUUGAUUGGAAAGUUCGGAGAUGAUCCGCAGGGCUAUGAGAUGCAUGACAUCCUGGUAAGGAACAAUGUGGAAACACAAGGCGUUGUCUUUGAGAAAAGCACCAAAACUCAAAAAGCCAUGGUUAGGCUGGAGAGAGGUGCAGAUGGGGUGCUGAAGAUGCCAUGCGUCUGCCCGAGUGCAGAUAUGGCUUUGUCUCCUGACGAAGUGGAUACGAGUUUGAUUGACAAGGCAGAGAUCCUCCACACUGGCUCGCUAAGCUUAACCUCAGAGAAGUUGCGUUCGUCUGUUCUCUACGCUCUGGCGAAGGCUAAAGAGGUCAAAGCGAACAUCUCAUUUGAUCUGAAUCUGCCUUUGCCUCUAUGGAAAUCCCCACGCGCAGCUCGUGAAUGCAUUGCUCCCGUUUGGAAUGAAGCAAAUUAUAUCAAAAUCACAGAUGCUGAGCUAGAGUUCCUCCUCUCGGAUGUUGGCAAGGGCUGCAAGAAAGUGUACUCUAGUUCUAUGUUGAAUGAACCCACAAGGUGGGAUGAGUAUCGCUACAACCAAGCUGAUUUGGCCCCUCUCUGGCACGGAAACAUCAAGCUCCUCAUUGUGGCAGAUGGCACUUUCUGGUUACAUUACUUCACCCCUAACUUUCACGGUCGUGUGGGAGGCGCCGAGGAUGCCCUUGGUCCAGAUCGAUCGGGGUGUGGAGACGCUUUCUGGGCUGGAAUGCUCACCCUUCUUGCGAGGGACUCAACGCUGUGGCAGUCCGAAGAGAAAGUUGUUGAGGCACUCAAGUUUGCCACAGCAUGCAGUCUGAUAUCCCACACUACUUACGGCAUUAUUCACGGCCUUCCCACCGCGUCAGCAGCUGCUAAUUUUGCACGACACCGCAAAGUGCCUCAUGCAAGUCAAAGGCAAAUUCCCUUCGGGAAAGUGAGCAUCGCCGAGAGUGAUGCGGCUGCACUCUCGAUGCCUUCGGAACCAGUUGCUUCGCGGGCAACCUCUCUUCAUUCCGAGGCAGAUGCGGAAGUCGACAUUCCUCUCUUAUAUUCUCUUGAGGACUACGCUUCCCGACUCGUUCCUUCGCUGGGUUCUCAAGAUCAAGGACAAGAUGUGUGUGCGGCUUCUUCUCCGUCCGGCAACAGCAACAAUUUAUCGUCUUCAAGUGGUUCUUCAAGGGAUUCGACACACGAGUUCAACAUAGAGGUCUUGGACCCGUUGACAUCCGAGGAUUUUGCAUGGCUUCCUCUCCCUUCCACAGGCUGCUUACCGGGACCGCAAUGUGCAGCAUUAUGUGCCAAUUUCCACACAUACUUAGCCUUCUAUGCAGCACCACUACCUUCACCGACGGAUGACGAAGUGGCGGUGGGGGCCAUCCUUGCGUAUGUUAGCAAGGUGGCCCGUGAGUUUCGCACGCAGCGGCACGAUGAUAACAAUGCACCGCUCCUUCAUGUCCGCAUUCAAGUUGGGCAAGCGUCCUGCAGCGCUUUGCUGGAUAGCGGCGCGACUCGGAAUUUCAUCAGCCAGUCCUUUAUCCAAAGAGCCAGCCUUGGCGCACAAGUUCGAGGGAAGCCAAACCCGAUGGCGAUCAAGUUGGCGGACAGUCGGACCCAACAACUCCUCGAUCGCUACAUUGAAGCUGUGCCGGUUUAUUUUGCACCUCUUGUAUGCGAACCGGUGACGUUUGACGUAUUGGACACGGACUUCGACAUCAUUUUGGGGAUGCCUUGGCUUGCAAGUGGGGAUCACACGGUUAACUUCCAUCGGCAGACACUUACCGUUGGCGACGCCUUCGGUGCCGAGGUGUUGUGUACCAUUCCUCUUCCGCACCCUUUGAUCCGGUGCCAAGUUGUAACAGCCAAGUGUUUUCGGGCCACUUGCGGUUACGAGCGGCCCAACAAGAUAGGCCUAUAUUUUCUACGGACCGUCGCGGCGAUCGAAUCUUCACCUACGGACUUGUCUUCGGACCCCCGAGGGGUGCGGUUGCUCGACGAGUUCACCGACAUCUUCGAGUCUCCUACUGGUGUGGUGCCGAAUCGGUCGAUCUCCCACGAGAUCAUUCUUGAGGCUGGUGUCGUGCCGCCGAAAGGAUACAUCUAUCGCAUGAGUGAGGAAGAUCUCGCGGUUCUGCUCGCGCAACUCGAUGAUCUGUUGGAUAAGGGCUGGAUCCCCCCGCGGGGCUGGGGCUGGGGGCGGGGCUGGAGACACAACGGCAUAGCACCACCACCGUCCGCUGGAGGGGCCCUUCACUAUCCAUGGCAGAAUCUAUCUGAUUUACACAGGGAAGGGACGCUGGCUGGCGGUGUUCAGCAGAGGGAGGAGGUUCAGCCGGAUGGUUUACCGGAGGCUGUAGUUCCUGCAAGUGCACAUCCAGAUACGGUCCCUCAGUUCCUGAUUUACCAGCCAGAGAGUGAGAUUCUGCCACUGAGUGACAGCCUCUGUGAUGGCCGAUCGGACCAUGAAUGUGCUGAUGACGAGGAUGAUGACGAAGGGGAGCAAUACAAAGUGGAGGAAGAGGACGACAGAGAGGAGGCAGUUGACAAAGGGGAUGUAGUAGACUAUGAAGGUAGAGGAGCUGGUGGUGGUGUGGAGACACUGCCAGCAGCAGCCACAUUGGUAUUGUUGUUACAAGGAUCUCAUGCAUACACCGGACUUAGCGUAUAGCGCUCAGGCAGAGGUUCUCAUCCUCAGGCAGCGCUAGCCCGCCCGGCCGUUCAACCAUAAAUCAAAAUGCGGGACCUUU